AUGGUCCAUCGCUACGCACCAGUCCCACCGAUAGAUUGCGAAGAAGGUGUCACGGACGACGUCAUGGCGGUCAAUCACCUGCUAGAUAUUCCGCCAGAGCUCUUGAGCCAUGUGUUUGCGCAUCUCGAUCACCCGGGUCUCUGUUCGACUAUCAGAGUGUGCCGCGAGUUUCACCUACUUGCUGAGCCGUUCCUCUACCGAGAUGUUAGGAUCUUGAAUUCGAGCCAGGGCACGGGCUUGGUAUUCGCAUUCUCAAAAGACCCCAGACGCGUCGCGUGGGUUCGCUCGCUGCUCGUCUCAACCAAAUUUGGCGAUGAGGGCGGCCUUUCAGCUUUACCGCCAUGGAUCGUUGAGAUGGACAACCUUAGGGACCUACGGCUCGAAACACCAGAUUGUAAUAUGAGAGACCCCGACGAGAGAAUUGCCUGGAUUCAGUUGCAAGACCGAUACGAACGCAUCUUUGAGCAGGCGUCAAUUCUGUUACCCCCUGCUCAGCGACGGUUGCAGAAACUUCGAACUUGCACCGUCCAUCUUGUUGAUGAACAGCGCGAGAUGAUCACACUUCGCCGACAUUCUGCUCUGUUUCUACAUCCGAACCUUCGAUCCCUCACCAUCUCAUGUGCCAGCACAGAUUUCGUCCACGCUCUACCGGCCCCACUGGUGCGUGACCUCUCACUGACAAGAACCACGAAGCUAGAACAUCUUCACUUGGAAGAAUGCGAUCUAAAUACAUCGACAUUGAUGAAACUCCUUCGUCUCUCAAGCGAAUUGAAGUCCCUGAAGAUCAGUGAGGGUAUCCGUUACGAUAACACCAUCUUCUCUCGCCAGAGCCGUAGACAUGGCAAUGUCACUCCGGAUUCCCUGGUCGAGGCAAUUGCCAAAUAUUGCUCCAAGUCUUUGACCCAGCUUUCACUCGCUCUGGGACAUUUUCGCCGCAGCCAUGAGUCAAUAACGUCGAGGGGCCAUCAUCUCAAUUUGACAUUAUUCGACAACCUCAGACGCCUGGAUCUCAACAUGCGCACCUGCAACUUGAUACGGCUUGCGCCCUACUGCGAUCACUUGACAUACCGAAGACUUCCCGCCAGUUUGGAGACACUUCGAAUCUUCUCCAUACCUUUAGCCCCUCGGACGAGACCUUUUCGAGCAAUGGACGGAGUGUACCUUCCCAUCAAAGAAUGCUUUGUUCAAGAGAAACAGAAACACGGUAUCCCGAUCUUGGAUACCGUGAUCUUCUCAUACGAGUACUACGACGCUGACGAAAGAGCUAGCCUCGCAACUUCAGAGGAGGGCGAGGUCAUAGAACACACACCACAGGUGCCCUUGGCACAGGCUCGGAUCAAACGUGCGUGCAACAAGCUGCGAAAUACCUACCGCGAAGCAAACGUGAGGCUCCUCAUCGAAAUGGUCACUCUUCCGGCAGGAUUUAUUCCACCAUAUCUGUAUCCAGAAGAGUCGCCAAGCAGUGACAUUCUGUGGGAUUCCGCCGCCGCCAUCGAGUCUGACUCCGGAAUUUAUUGGGCAAAGUGA